AGUGGCUUCUUCCUUGCUGAGCAGCCUUUCAGGUUAUGUCGAUAUAGGACUCAUUUUACUGUGGAUAUAGAUACUUGUCUACCUGUUUCCUGCAGCAUCUUCAAAAGGUCCUUUGCUGAUGUUCUGGGAUUGAUUUGCACUUUUUGCACCCAAUUACGUUAAUCUCUAGGAGACAGAAUGCAUCUCCUUCCUGAGUGGUAUGAUGGCUGUGUGGUCCUAUGGUGUUUAUACUUGUGUACUAUUGUUUGUACAGAUGAACGUGGUACCUUCAGGUGUUUGGAACUUGCUCCCAAGGAUGAACCUGACUUGUGGAGGUCCACAACUUUUUUUCUGAGGUCUUGGCUGAUUUCUUUUGAUUUUCUCAUGAUGUCAAGGAAAGAGGCACUGAGUUUGAAGAUGAUGCUAUGAAGACCACCAGAGAUGACUGAUGUGGAACCUGUUGUCUCUGACUUUGCAGCCACGGGCAGGACUGGCCGACGGAAUGCAUUGCCAGACAUUCUAGGUUCCACGGCUGGUCCUGGAGCCGCCGACCUGCCUGAUAAACUAGCUGAGCUUUCAGUAGCAGAUGAUGGCGAACAGGAGGGAGAGAGUUCAUCCUCAGCUGACCCUCAUAAACAGACUACAGAGGGGGAGGAGAAAACAGAGGGCUCAUAACUCAACACAGAACAGCAGUGAUCUGACCUCAUGAGAGACUCACAUAUGACCUGCCUCUACUUUUGCCCCAUUGACCAAACAACUGUAACACUCUGUGCUAUGCAACACAAGACCACCCAUGAUUGGCAUUCAGAUGUGGGCCAGCGAGAAACAACUCAUUCGAGGAUUAAUUUGAAGUUAUGUUUUUCAUAUAGCAGCAAAUUGUUCAUUUCAUACCUUCAUGACUUUGUUAAAUUUGACUUUUUCCCAAAGACUGUUGGUUUUCUUUAUGGCCGGCUGUUUUGUGUGACCUGCUUUCCCACUUUAAAAAGGAAUAUUUUGAUUUGUUUAAAGACUUUCCACAAUAGCAUUUUCUCUGAAUGUUGACAUGUAGUGGCAAAAACAUCUCUUUUUGCACAAAAAGUAAAUACAUUCCGUUUGGUGAUGUUAGUAAUGUUUUCUAUCUCUAUAUUUGUCUGUCCUUGAAUGACACCGCAUCUUGUGUUUUUUAAUGUAAAGAAGAUACGCAUAGUUAACAUUCUAGCGAGAUAUGAAACAGUGAUAAAUGACAUGAAUUAUGAAAUUUUCUUCUUGUAAAUACAGAAUAGUACAUUAUAUUUGCUAGUUUUGUUUAAAAGCUUUCCAUUGUGUGUAACUGUUCAAUGUGAGCAGAAAUCGGAUUGUUAGUCAUCUGGUGUAUUGCUGAAAACAUCUGUGCUCAUUUCAUUCUGACAUCAUCCUAAGUGCUUGUCUCGGAUAUUUCCUUGCUGUUGUUGAUGGCAAAGGAAAAUACGAUUGUGGAGACGUGUCGUUCCUCCUGUUUCAUCUUGAAAGCCCUCAUGCUGUGAUUAAAUGAAGUAUAACAUUUUCUUUUUUUUUUUUUUUUACCUACCCAUAAAUCCCUUGUCAUGUUGUCUGUUGUAAACUAUAUAUAAAUUCUGUUAUGCUAUUUAAAAAAAAAAAAAAAACAUUAUAAUAAUAAAAUUAAAUCCUGUG